CGCGCGCACGCGCAGACCGCACGCGAGAGCUUCCCCGCUCCCCACACGCGUUUCUCGACUCCCCUCGCGGAGAGAGAAGACCACCGCCGCGUCUCGUUCGACGUCGCCGCGGCUUAUCCACGCGCGGAGGACGAAAUAAUCCUCCCGCGUCGGCGCCGCAUCUCGACAGAUCUUCCUCCGUCGUCGUCGCGAGAAUGUCGUCCGCCGCGAGCGCCGCCCCCGCGCUCGCCGCGCGCGCGGCCGUCGCGGGCAAGACGCGUAUCCGCGCCGGUAAGAACCGCGCUCACGCGAACGCGACCGCGACGGCCGCGCGCCGCCGCCCCGUCCGCGGCGCGCCGCUGCGAUGCGACGCCAUCUUCGACCAGCUCAAGAAGGGCGUGGACGGCCUCAUGAAGGGCGACCCGAGCGCGAAGACCGCGGCGAGGUACAAGGACCGCGUCGACGCGAUCAACGCGCUCGCGCCCGCGAUCGCGAAGCUGUCGGACGACGAGCUGCGCGCGAAGACGACGGAGCUUCAGGGCAAGGUGCGCGCGGGCGCGGACUUGGACUCCCUCCUCGUCGAGGCGUUCGCCGUCGUCCGCGAGGCGAGCGACCGCGUCCUCGGGCUUCGCCCGUUCGACGUCCAGCUCAUCGGCGGGAUGAUCCUUCACGAAGGGCAGAUCGCGGAGAUGCGAACGGGCGAGGGUAAGACCCUCGUGUCCGCGCUGCCCGCGUACCUCAACGCCCUCGGCGGGAAGGGCGUGCACGUCGUCACCGUGAACGAUUACCUCGCGCGACGCGAUUGCGAGUGGAUCGGUCAGGUGCACAAGUUCCUCGGGCUCACGUGCGGGCUCAUCCAGGCUGGGAUGGCGGAGGAGGAGCGGCGCGAGGGGUACAGCUCGGACGUGACGUACGUCACGAACUCCGAGCUCGGUUUCGAUUACCUCAGAGACAACCUCGCGCAGUCCCCGGCGGAGCUCGUGUUGAGAGAUUUCAACUUUUGCGUCAUCGACGAGGUGGACUCCAUCCUCAUCGACGAAGCGCGCACGCCGCUCAUCAUCUCCGGCAUCGCGGACAAGCCGUCCGAGCGGUACAUCCAGUCCGCGAAGAUCGCGGACGCGUUCGAGAAGGACUACCACUACAAAGUCGACGAGAAGCAGAAGAGCAUCCUUCUCACGGAGGAGGGCUACGAAGCCGCGGAGGAUCUCCUUCAGGUGGACGACCUGUACGACCCGCGGACGCAGUGGGCGCUGUACAUCAUCAACGCCCUGAAAGCGAAAGAGCUGCAGCUGAAGGACGUCAACUACAUCAUCAAGAGCAACGAGGUCAUCAUCGUGGACGAGUUCACCGGCCGCACGAUGGUCGGCCGACGCUGGAGCGACGGCUUACACCAAGCCGUGGAAGCGAAAGAGGGGCUCCCGAUUCAGAACGAGACGGUCACGAUCGCGUCCGUGACGUACCAGGCGUUCUUCCGCACGUUCCCGAAGCUCGGCGGGAUGACCGGCACCGCGGAGACGGAGCUCACGGAGUUUAACAACAUCUACGACCUCUCCGUGCAAGUCGUCCCGACGAACAGAUCCGUCGCGCGAGAGGACAGCCAAGACGUCGUCUUCCGGAACGAACCCGGGAAGUGGAACGCGGUGCGGAGAGAGAUCGCGCGUAUGCACAAGAAAGGCCGACCCGUGCUCGUGGGCACGACGUCCGUGGAGAGGUCCGAGGAGAUCGGCCGCCUCCUCGACGAGGACGGCAUCGGAUACGAGCUCUUGAACGCCAAGCCGGAGAACGUCGAACGCGAGGCGGAAAUCGUCGCGCAGAGCGGCAGGAAGGGCGCCGUCACGAUCGCGACGAACAUGGCCGGACGCGGCACGGACAUCCUCCUCGGUGGGAACGCAGAGUUCAUGGCGCGUCUGAAGAUCCGCGAGGCGCUCCUCCCGAAGAUUGUCGAGCCCGAGGAAGGGGACAUCGCGUUCGAGAAGAAGUCUCUCGGCGGCGCCAACGCCGACAAGUGGAAGGUGAAGGACGGCUUGUACCCGUGCGACUUAUCCCCGGCCACGGAGGCGCUGCUCAAGUCCGCGGUGGACACCGCGGUCGACGCCUGGGGCGCGCGGUCCAUUGGCGCGUUCGACGCGGAGGAUAAGCUCUCUUUCGCGUGCGAGAAGGCGCCGACGGAGGAGCCCGGGACGCUCGCGAUUCGCGAGGCGUUCAACGAGAUCGAAAAAGAGUUCAAGGCGGUGACGAGCGCGGAGAAGGUGGAGGUCGUCGGCCUCGGCGGCCUCCACGUCGUCGGCACGGAGCGUCACGAGUCGAGACGCGUGGAUAACCAGCUCCGCGGGCGCGCGGGGCGCCAGGGUGACCCGGGAAGCACGCGGUACUUCCUCUCCCUGGAGGAUAAUCUGUUUCGCAUCUUCGGCGGCGAAAAGAUCCAGAGCCUGAUGUCCGCGUUUCAAAUCGACGACAUGCCGAUCGAGUCCGGGAUGCUGACGUCGUCCCUGGACACCGCGCAGAAGAAGGUCGAGACGUACUUUUACGACAUCCGCAAGCAGCUGUUCGACUACGACGCGGUGUUGAACUCGCAGCGCGAGAAGAUUUACUUCGAACGCAGACGCGCGCUGAGCGCCAAGCCCGAGGACCUGCAACAGCAGAUGCUCGAGUACGCGGAGCUCACCGUGGACGACAUCGUCAACGCGAACCUCGAUCCGUCCGUGGCUCCCUCGGAGUGGCCUCUGAAGGGUCUCGCGGAGAAGAUGGCGCAGUACUGCUACUUCAUGGCGGACAUCGACGAGGCGGACUUGCGAGCCAAGGCGGACGAGGGAGGGAUCGACGGCGUGCGAGACUACCUCGUCAAACGCGGGAAGGACGCGUACGUCACGAAACGCCAAGAAGUCGAAGCCGCGCAACCCGGUCUGAUGGGCGAAGCGGAGAGGUUCUUCGUGUUGUCGCAGACGGAUAACUUGUGGAAGGAGCACCUCCAGGCGAUCAAGUUCGUGCAGCAGGCGGUGGGACUCCGCGGGUACGCGCAGAAGGACCCGCUCAUCGAGUACAAGCUCGAGGGAUACAACCUCUUCGUCGAGAUGAUGGCGCAGAUUCGAAGGAACGUCAUCUACAGCGUGUAUCAGUUCCAGCCGAAGAGAGUGAAGGAAAACCCGGCGGAGGCGCAGGUGGAGCCGCCGCAAGGGUCGAGCGCGGACGCGGGCGCGGCGGAGGGGGAGUUCCCGGAGGUUGGCGACGGGCAGCCCGUGGAGGCGGAGGUGGUCACCGCGAGCGCGGGGAAGGGCUCGCGGAAGAAGAAAUAAUUUCUUUUGUCUUGGUUGAAUCCGAACAGCACGUACGCAC